AUGAGAAAGGACAUCUGUGGAAAAGCUCCGCCCAGACCCGGACUGGACUCCCCCGGCUUCCCCGGAUCCUGGGCGUCAGUCUCCGCUCGGAUCAGCUCUCAGACGUCAACCAUGGGUGUGCGGGAUCUGGACUGGUUCUUCUGGACCACCUUUCUGGGCUUCGCGGUGUCGGUUCAGUGCGUAACGCGGGCAGAGUUCUUCCCCUUCGGCGAGAGCGCAGGAGACCAGGUCCUGGAGCCUGGUUCGGACCAGACGCACCGCCUGGGACUGGACAGACCCCUGCUCUUCUACGACGGAACCUUCGACAGCAUCUAUAUCAACACCAAUGGUUUUGUUGCGACGUCGGAGCCGAGCGGUGAGUCGUCGUAUCUCGGAAACAUGCCUCCGAAGUUCGGCAUAAUCGCCGCUCUGCAGGGUGACCUGGACACUAGCGACGGCGUGGGGCGGGUCUUCUACCGCCAGGACUCCUCCCCUGACGUCCUGCGCCAGGCGGCUGACCACAUCAACAGGGCCUUCCCCGAGGACGACGAGGUCAGCCCCACCCACGCCGCUGUGGUCACCUGGGUGGGCGUGGCCACUCAGGAAGCACCGAGCAGAGGAGACGGCAUUGACACGAGGAGGAACACCUUCCAGCUGGUCCUGGCAUCCUUGGAGACCGCCUCCUACGCCGUGGUCCUGUAUGCGAGGGACGGCGUCCAGUUCACGUCCACGCCGGUCGGGGACAGGCCCAUGGUGAUGCAUUCAGGGUUCAGUAAGGGUCUGGUUCGCGGUUUCCUGUUUUCCAGCCAGGGGCCGUACUAUCGGACCAGCACUGACGACGAGGCGUCCGUCCAGGCGUUGGCAGAGGAGACCAACUCAGGCCUGAGGGGGGUCUGGGUCUACGAGAUCGGCACAUCUCCGUAUUUCAGCAACGUGGCACCGGGUGAGGUCACCGACUUGCCCACCGAGGAGGAGCACGGAGCGUCCAAUCAGAGGCGUCCAUUUGACGGGCAGCAGGUGGAGUACCCCCCCUACGGGUCUGAAGGAGAACAGAUCCAGAUCCACUCGGUCCAGUACCAGCCUCACCAGCCCGACAACCCGGAGGUGGUCGUGGUCGACGACACAGACAUUAACGUAGACGUUUUUUUCGUACAACCUCGGAACGUGUGCGAACAACAGGAAGAAGUGUUCCCAGUUCGCAGACUGUCAGGACUACAGCGCCGGCUUCUGCUGCCACUGUAGACCUGGUUUCUAUGGCAACGGGAUCCAGUGUGUCGCUGAGGGAAAGCCCCAGCGGAUGAACGGUAAAGUCAACGGGCGGGUUCUGGUGGGUGGUUCUGCGUCUCCGGUGGAGUUCAGCAGUAACGACCUCCACUCGUACGUGGUGGUGAACGACGGGCGCUCGUAUGUGGCCAUCAGUG